UCCAACCAAUCCAUUAUCCGCAAAACUGGAACAAGUUUUGUCAAAAAGGGUUAGCCCGUUCACAUUUUCUGCCCUUUCAGCUAACCCUUAUAAAGUAAAAAACGUGACGAAACAGAACCCUUCCCAACUCAAUCACGUGAAAUGGGUCAGCUCCUGGUCCAGCCAAACCAAUGCCGAACCCAUCUGUCUCUAGGACCAAAAACUCGACCAAGAUAUGGUUGAAGACUUAAAGUCCACCAUAAGAACAGAAACAAACAGAAGCGGGAAACUUCGAAUUAAGGAAAACAAAUGGUUCACAAAACCUGGGUUAUUCAAGCAACAAAUUGAUAAGAAAAAAAAAAAAAAAACUGUUUCUGCAAACGCAGCGGCUAUGGAGGAGGUGAGACAAAGCUCUGCUUGGGUGGCUCGUAAUUCUUCUCACGUUACUGUCGAUUCUUCAGGGAUUGAGAAAGUAGUGGAGAAAAUAAAAGAGUCGAUUCCGAAAGUGGAGUGGGAUUAUGAAGGGAUUCAUUACUUUGAUAAUGGACCCCUCACUGUUCAGUACCUUUUUGUUUUGGAUACCUUGAAUUUCUGUUUUUGGCCUGAUAAGGAUCUAAAUUAUGAUCAUUUGGCCAAGGGAUUAAAGGAAGCUUUGCUGAAUGACAACUCUGCAUUUGAUGCUGAUCGUCUCCAAAAAUACACUGGUCCUCAACUGCGUGAAUUAUUGAAAUGGCCUAGACCACUUCCUUUAGAGGAGGAGCGGGUUCGUCUGUUGCAUGAGGUUGGGUUUGAACUGGAAAGAAGCUUUGAGGGUAUGGCAUCCAAACUUGUUGAAUCAUGUGGAAAAUCAGCUGUGAAGCUUGUUUCUCUCAUUACACGUCAUUUUCCGGGCUUUCGAGAUCACUCAGUGUACAAAGGCCACCAGGUAUUCUUCUAUAAAAGAGCACAGAUAUUUGCUUCUGACUUGUGGGGUGCAUUCAAGGGCCAAGGAUAUGGAGAAUUUAAUGACAUUAGCUCAAUCACUAUGUUUGCUGACUAUAUUGUUCCAGCUGUACUCCAGCAGCUUGGUGUACUGAAAUAUAGUUCUACCCUUGCAAGCAUUAUUGAGGCUAGCAGCGAAAUAGGUGCUGGCACUGAAGAGGAAGUUGAACUACGAGCUUGCUCUAUUUAUGCUGUGGAGAAAAUGAGAGAGUUAUUGAGCAUAAAAUCAGGAAAGCAGGUUCUGAGUGUGGAGUUAGAUCUUUGGCUCUGGUCUGUUGGUGUCCAAUGCCCAUCGCUCCAACAUCAUCGAACACUGUCAAUAUAUUACUGAGUAGAUCAUAGUCCUAGUAGCCUACCUGUUAUAUGCUUGUAAGCAAUAGAACAAGAAAAUUUUGGCUUGGAAUGUCCAAGGUAACUUAGUAUAAGUUUCAUGUUAGUCAAUGACAUCCUUUUAUGUGUUACUUGUUUCAAGGAUCACAGUUUUCUAAUUCAACUGUCCAGUUGAUUUAAAAUCUAGUGAAAGAUCUAAUGAAAAAAAAAAAAUCAGUCUCAUGCUUUAUUUUCUGAAGGAAAUAGUUCCUUAUAAAUGCAUCUGUUUACCAGCUAAAAGCAAGCAUUUUGUUUCGAUGUGUGUGUGUUUAUAUAUUGCUUGCUCUUUUAUGCCAGUCCAUAGAUGAUUGGGCUGGUUCUUUGAAUGGGGUCAAGUGUCACUAUCAUCUAUCCAACAUACGUGUAAUUGCAUUGUCGGUGUUGUUGGCCAGAGGGGAGUAUGCAGAAUUGUUCUUAUAACAUACAACAUUCUCUUAAGGAUAUGACCUUGGCCAGUGAUUGUAACAGUUUUUCACUGAGACAGGAAUUGGAGUUUAUUCUGUCACAUUACUGUUUUUCCAUCCAUAAUUGUUUCCAAAUGCAUAAAGCCCAACUAGGCGUCGAAAUGUAAUACAA